UCUCUCAUAUAGGAUAGAGCCACAUUUUUAGUCUACAACAUGCUCUAUAAAAGCGUGAGGCACUUUACCCUGUUCCAAAACGUACCGUGAUACGUGUCAUUUUAUUGUAGUAAUAUAUAAUACAUAAUUAAAAGAUUCAAAAGACUCGAAAGAGCCGAAAAAGUCUUCGGCAUCAGGAUCUCUGCUUAGUCCAAAGAUGCAAAAAUCAAUUAAAGUUAAUGAAAGCCAACUUCUGUUCUUAUCUGAAAGAGCUAAUGGUGACUCUAAAAUACUGGGCUCCUUAUGGAAAAAGUCUACAAUGUCAGAUAAAUGGCAACUACGGUUUUUUGUUCUUUACCAAAAUCUACUAUUUUACUACGAAAACAAAGACAAGAGGGAGAGACCAUUAGGAAUAAUUUUCUUGGAAGGCUCCUACGUGGAACGGGUCAUCUACAGUGAUAGUAGUUUACUACCUCCAACGCCAGAAAAAUCGAAAGAUAAAGAGAGAGAAAAAGCAGAGAAAGUGGAAAAGGAGAAAGAGUAUGUAGACCGAAAUUUUUGCUUCCAAAUAAGUUUUGGAAAAGAAUAUGUCCGAAAAUUUGAACUUUGUGGCGUAGCAGAAACGGAAACAGUACUUUGGAUACAUGAACUGGAAAAGGCAAGUUUCAGUAAACAAUAUUUAGAGAUGCAAAAAGUUACAGCGAAACAUUUGCAUAUUAUUCAAGUCGUCGAAGCAGAGCAAACUGCAAAAUGGCAAUUUUCUUUGCAUUGCGAGGAUUUAUAUGCUGAAAUGAAGUUUUUGAGAGAAGAGCUGACUUCAUUAAAAAGACAGCGCAAUGCAGAACGAUUUAUAUGUAACAUGGUUCAUACCUGCAUGAAUGUGGAAGAUUCAGGUUGCCUUUGUUGUUUGUAUGAAGACCUGCAGGGUGAUGAAGAAAAGCUGGGUAAGCUUAGGAAAGUUCAAAGCUUUUUUCGGGGAUGGCUAUGUCGCAGAAAGUGGAAGCAAAUAGUGGAGCAAUACAUUAAAAGUCCUCAUGCUGAGCGUUUGCGAAAAAGGAAUAAUGUUGUUUUCCAACUGGUUGAGGCUGAAGAAGAAUACAUUCAGCAAAUGGAGGUGUUGAUUACUUGCUUUCUCAGACCAUUUAAAAUGGCUGCGUCUUCCAAGAAACCACCAUGCACACAUGACGAUGUCAAUUCGAUUUUCUUAAACAGCGAAACUGUGUUUUUUCUACACCAAAUUUUCCUCAAAGGUUUAACUGCUAGAUUGGAAAGUUGGCCUACGCUAGUUCUAGGAGAUUUAUUUUCGAUGUUGCUUCCGAUGUUGAGCAUUUACCAAGAAUAUGUAAGAAAUCAUCACUAUUCUUUGCAAGUAUUAACUGAAUGCAAACAAAAUCAACCCUUUGCAUCUACGCUAAAACGUUUUGAGUCUAAACCAAUGUGUAAUGGGCGUUCCCUGGAGACUUUUUUGACAUAUCCGAUGCAUCAGAUUCCAAGAUAUAUUAUUACACUUCAUGAGUUACUCGCACACACCCCAUUUGAGCAUGUCGAACGAAAAAGCUUAGAAGCAGCUCAGGUGCAACUUGAAAAUUUAUCCAAGCAAAUGCAUGAUGAAGUGUCUGCUACGGAACACCUUCGAAAAAAUUUAGCGGUCGAAAGGUUGAUCGUAGAAGGGUGCGAUAUUUUGUUGGAUGUUAAACAAAUUUUUGUGCGGCAAGGAACUCUGAUUCAAAUUCCCAAGGAAAAGCAGAAAGAAAAAGUGGCUUUCAAAGGAUUUAAGAUGUCGAGCAAAUCAGACAAGGAACUAGUCAGGCAAUGCUUCUUAUUUAGUUAUCACCUGAUUAUAACUACAAGGGGUAGUGAUGGCAAUUUGCAUUUAGUUCCCAAUAUCGGUAAAAUUCCUAUGAGAGAGUGUAUAUUAAUUGAUGAGCCAAACGAAGAAGCUAGUUUGGAGCGACAGUUGGAGUCCACAUCGGCAGUAGUAGCGGAACAAAACACUUUGUACCAUGGUCGAGAUUUUAAAGUUGUGAUAGAUAGCAAAGUUUCAGAAACACCUCUUGUAAUUCACUUCGUAGCCCCCACAGUCAGCGAAAAGGCUGCAUGGAUUUCCGAUUUAGCUGACUGUAUCGACAAUGCACAGUUCAGUGAGAUUUGCAAUCCAGUAAUGACUGAAACCAGCUCAAUUAACCUUCCGCAAUAUAUUCGAAACGAUCCAAGGCUGUUUCAUGAUGAACCUGACAUUCAGUUUUCAAAAACUUUAAACUCGUGCAAGAUUCCGCAAAUACGCUAUGCUACUCCGGAUAGACUUCUGGAAAGACUAACCGAUCUUCGGUUUCUUUCGAUCGACUUCCUGAAUACGUUCCUGUUGACCUACAAAGUAUUUACUGAUGGAAUUAAAGUUUUAACUGCCCUUAAGAGAGUCUAUUACGCAAGUGUGGAAAAAGAACGGGAAAGAAUGGCUGUAGCGGAAUACUUGCAGUAUAAAGAAGACAAUACUUUACAAAUUUAUGAAGAUUAUCGGAGGCGAAGCAGUAUACUACAGUUUCCACACCGACGAACUAGUGGGGCUAGUUCAGUAUCCGGAUAUUGCUCAGAAGCAAGCGACAGAGACCGCUCAUUUAGCUAUGAUUCCCAGGGGCAAAGACCACUUAGAAAUGUUGUAAUAUCUAAAUAUGAAGAUGAGCCAUAUAGAAGGCAUCCAAGUUCACAAGUUACACCAGAAAGAAGGAAAAGUGUUGCAAAAUCAAUUUUUAUAAAAGUGAAUUCUUACGAAGAAACACAGGAAGAAGUGGAACAACAAGAAAAUAAUCUUCUAUCGAUUCCAAAAGUGGAACCGUCCAGUAGCAAUGACACUCUAACAGGUCUGUAUUGUCUAUUUCAUGCAAGUAAUAGAUUUAUGGCUAAGCAAUCGGUCAUGGCUUUUGUGAAUUCAGACACUGGUCCAGACCCUUGCGGUAACUGCGGGCAAGAUCUUCCAAUGGAUAAAUUGACGGUAGAGCAAAGAAGACGACGUGAUAUCGUUGAAGAAAAAAGAACGGCUCGUCGAAAAUCUGAGGAUCGAAGGAAGUCAGAUAGUGCGCGCCAGGAUGAGCCAUCUGAGGUCUCACAAGAAGUUAGACGCAAAUCGGAUGUGACCGCGGAAAGAAAAAAAUCUCUUUUAUGUGAAGAUAUUCGUAACGUUUUCAUAGAGCAAAGAACAUCUGAGAUUUCAGAACGAAUUCGUUUGGAGGAGCGGCGCCGUAUUGAUUCUGCGGAAAAAAAGUUAAACAAGUCCUUAGAAGAUCGAAAACGUCCACUGAUUUGUCCUGAUGAGCGCAAAAGAUCGUCAGUGGAUAGUGGAUCUUCAGUUGUUAAAAUAUCCGAAGAGCGUCGCAAGUCGGGAGAGGAUGAACGAAAAAAAAACAUAUAUCGGCACAUUUCUUCCCCCAGAAUGGAGCGUAAGACUGACAGGGCUAAAAGCUUAUCUAUCGAUAGCGACACCCAUCCAGAAGAAGGAUUGAUGGAUCAAUUGCUAGAUUUGGAGGAAAAAUCCGAUGGAAAGACGGACGACGUCGCAAGAACAUCUAUAGCGUCUGUUCAGGCAUCCACUCAAAUUAUUUUAGGGUUUUUUCAAAACUUUUACCAACGUUCACAAAAGGAAGGCGAGCGGCGAGAACCACCACCGUCAAGCCGUUCUACUACUGGAAGAUCCAGUGUCCAACAUGAAUGUCUUAGUAAAUCUCCAAGUAAAGCAGGAGUGGUGGUGGGUGGCAUAAAGCAAGCUAAACGACGAAGUAGUUCGUCUUAUGCCAGUACAGCUUUUGCCAUUGCCACGUGUGCAGCUGAUAAUCCGGUGGCAAUGCAGUACCAAAAAAAGCAAAAUCAAGUGGAAGAUAAAACAAAAUCCUUAGAAUUUAUUAUAUCUACUGCCGCUACUAUGCGAGUUUUGAACGUUUUAAGGCACUGGAUCUCAAAGCAAGGUAAGGAUUUUGAAGCAGACAAAGAACUGAAGCGUCAAACCAAAGAAUUUUUGGAAGAAAUUCGUUGCCAUCCGAAUCUUACUUCGGCUGAGCAUAAAUCAGCUGCUCAGUUGCUUCUGCUGCUUGAAAAGCAGAAUGAAGAAGAAAGGCCGGUAAUUGAUUUAGUAAAGCUCCUGAGACCUCCACUGGAACCCAGUAAAGAACGAAUUGAAAGCCUGUCAGCUCUAGAAAUAGCUGAACAACUAACGUAUAUUGACCAUCAAAUCUUUAUGCAAAUAGCUCCCGAAGAAUUGAUGGGUCAUUCGUGGUUGAAACCUGAUAAGGAAAAAAAGGCGCUACACGUAGUUAUGAUGACCAAAAGAUUUAAUGACGUUUCUCGGCUAAUAGCCUCGGAAAUUGUUCGAAAAAGCGAUAUGGUGGCCCGAGUGGAAACGAUAGAGAAAUGGGCGGCAGUAGCUGAUAUUGUCAGAUGCCUUCACAAUUUCAAUGGAGUUCUGCAAAUAUGUUCUGCUUUUGCCAAUGCUGCUAUUUUUCGUUUAAAGAACACGUGGGAGAGAGUUUCGAAGACCGCAAAACAAUCAAUAGAAAAGCAUCAAAAAAUUGUUUCUUCUGAUGGAAGAUUUCGAAUGCUCAGAGAUGCAUUGCACAAAUGCGAUCCGCCCUGCAUUCCAUAUUUGGGUGUUUACCUCACAGAUUUGUCAUUUAUUGAGGAAGGUACACCCAAUUUUGUGGAUAAUAAUUUAUUAAACUUUUCGAAAAUGCGAAUGAUUGCCCACAUAAUUCGUGAAAUACGCCAGUAUCAGCAGACGUCUUAUAAAAUUGAUUUGGUUACUCGUGUUUCGAAUUAUUUGUUGGAUACGUCUUUGCUGAUGGAAGAGGAAGAACUCUUCAAAGCAUCUUUGAAGAUUGAGCCGCGAACUCCAAGACUAACAACGCAAUCAAGCAUUGCAGGCCCGACGCCUUGGUAAAGAACUGGUUUCGAACAACUUAAAAACCAUCGGGCAUGUUUGCAUGUUGAGUAAUUAUUCAUGCAUACAGCUACGGAUCGUAUUACUUUAUAAAUACAUUGUUUCCAUCGUCAUCCCAAUCCGCAUGCUUCAAUUGAUUACGUUUGACUAGAAAAUAAUUAAUAAGUAUUUUCAAAAACAAAAUUAAGUGAAACAUUUUAUUACAUACAUAUACGUAGGUAUAGUGUUUGUUCCAUACAAAAUUCAUAAUGUAUUUUCGAAUUAUUUUUAUUGGCGCCAGUAUUGGAUAUCAAUGCAAAUAUAUACGUAUAUUUACAUAAUAUUAACAGAAAUAAUAGUAAUCACUGGAGACAAUCAGAUAGAAAGGAACAAAUAAGUAUUUGAAAUACACAUCUACUAACCUUCCUUGUAGGUACAUUUUAUUUGCUUUCUCAAUUUUUAUUAACUGCAUAUCAAAUAACUAUUACUGUACCUGUAUGUGUAGUAUUAAAGUAAAUAAAUGUUGAGGGAGGACCAUUUCCAAACGAUGUCAACUCUAUUUACGCAUUUGACUUAACUUUUAACGUCGUUAUGCCUAAUAUGUAUGUAUAUGUCAAUGCUCAAAUAAUUUCUGCCAUUAAUCAAUAAUCCUUAUUGUCAAAUUAUCUUUCUGCACGUUCAUAUGAUUUUAACUAAGAACUUGUUGUCAAAUUGUUGGACUAUUAUGUAUAUAUUCAAGUUUAUAUAUGUUAUAUUCAACGUAUAAUUAAAGUGUUUUUUUUUAUAGAUAUUUAAACGAUUCUUACGUAACCAGAUAAAAUUACCUCUACUGAACAAAGUAAGACAAAUAUGAAUCUUGGUUGGAGUUCUGUGUGGCUCAUUUUUUCUCAUUAACAUUAUUUUAAAAAUAUUUCAUUAGUGUUAAGUGCUCACUCACUACUUCAGCAACAAUUACUUACCUACUACUCAUUUAAUAAUUUAGUUGUAAAUAGUCGAGUUUUUUUUAUAGUAACAUAACUUUGAUUGGAUAAAUAUUCAUUUACACCUUAUGUUUGAGUGGCAUUAUUAGAGGGCUACUAAAUACU